AUGGUUCGAGAGUUGGAUUCAGUUGAAAAAUUCCGAGAUCUUAGUUUGGCAAGCGACGUGACUCCUAACAGUGUGAAGUUAGGUAUGCUAAAGCUGACCAGUGGUAUUCUUGAAGAGAUCAGAGAAAGGUUUUGUGUGCAAGAUGUGCUAGAGCUUAAAAAGAGUAUCCUUGAAGAAGGUUAUAAAAGUGUUCUUAGUAUUCAGCCAGGUGCUACUAAAAUGCUGACUAAAUCGGCUUAUUUCAUUUUGAUAAAGAUCAGUUAUCCAUUGCAAAAGCUAGCUGAGAGAUCUAACAUUCACAUUGAGGUUCUAGUAGAGUUUACAGGAAGCCUUGGGAACCAGAUUGUAAUUGAGUUCUUCUUACCAUCUGCAGACGAAUGGUUAGAUAGAGAGGACUAUCCAGUCGUUGGAGGAUUUGUAGAGAGCUUGCAUGUUAGAGCAAGAAGUAUUGGAAUGACACAGUUUGAGGCCUUGUAUGGUAAAAGGCGUAUGACACCUUUGUGUUGGUACGAGCCCGACGAAAGUGUUGUGCUUAGGCCAGCAAUCAUUCAGUAUACAACUGAGAAAAUCACGAUGAUUCAGGAGAAGAUGAGAGCUUCACAAAGUCGAUAA